AUGCUGCGCUACCAAGCAUCCAUUUAUAGUGGAGAUCAGUAUGAUAACAAUGACACUGAUAACUGUCAUGCUCAUUUACAGGUAUUUUACGAGUUGGCAAUCAUUUUAAAUUUAAAUAAAAUAUCUUGCAGCCAUCAACAAUCGCCUCUUCAAAUGGGAUGCGAGGGCAGCAGCAGCAACAACAACAACAAGGAAGAGUGAUAAAAAGACAACCUGCGCCAACUUAUAAAAGUAUACCAACUAGUCGAUUAGCACCACGUCGAAGAUAUUUUGUUAUGGAUGCACAGAAAUCGCAUAGCAGUAGUUGUAAUAGUUCGGCGAGUGGAACUUUUCAGUUUCCUGGUCCGGAUUAUUUGAAAAGAAUGAAGGAAAAUUAUGAGAAUGGAAAAAUUGUAAGCAUUUUUAUUUACACGUGGCAAAGUUCGGAAUUCCAAGAAUCGUAUUAUGAGUUACUCAGUUCACUAAGUUACAAUUUUUGAGAUAUUUGAAAUUUCCCACGUCAUAAAUCAGCUCCAGAGUAGAAAUUAGGAUUGUAAAAUAUUUUUGAAUGUGAAAAUAAGAAAAAAUUCUAGAUUUAUAUUCGUCGAAAUAAUACGGGCCUCAAAAACUCUUCAAUACCAUCAAAAAUGACGUCAACGAUUACAAAUUCAAUAAGAUCGACAACAUAUCACACAACAACUACAACAGUUCCAAGUGGAAAAGUUACAGUUGAAACAACUGGAAAUGUUCCAAAAUAUGUUUUUCGUUUGCCAAAAACAUCGGAAUUUUCUACAGUUCCUGGAUCGAAGUUUGAUGAGUGAGUGUUUUUUUUGAAUUCGAUUUAAACAAAUUCAAAAAUAAAUAAAUAUAUACAGAAAUCGACCAAAUACCAAUAAUAUGUAUGUUCCGGCUUAUGAACCAGUAAAAAUGCAAUAUACAACAGUACCAGCUUGUAUGUCAAUGGGAGGAGAAUAUUUAUAUGAAGAAGAAGUUGAAGAAGAAACAACUAGCAAAGAUUCAAAUGAUAUGUCACAAUUAGAUAGUGUUCCAAAAUCGGAACAAGAUGAUGAUUGUGCAUAUUUGAAAACUUCUGGACAAUUAGUGCAUCAUUCUUCAACAGGAACAACAACAUCUUCGAGUUCAACAUGUUCAACGCCUUCAUAUAUGAACAAUCAAAAUGGGAAUAAUUCGAACUCAACGUAUAAAAUGUUGCCGUUAAGAAAUCGAUUACAACCAACAAGAUUCACGUGAGUUUUUGGCGAAAAUAUGUUUGAAUGCCCCAUUCAUAGUCCCAACACCAGUUUAGAAGUUCGAGUCAUGUCCAACUAAUGCCAGAUAAAGGUCAUAAACAUCCACACCCAUGCAAAUCAGCCGUACCCCAUUUUAUCUUUAAAAAACCUCACUUUAGUUUCAUUCAGCUUGUUCCUCAAAUUUCUGUCAAGUUUUUCCACUGAUUGGUAUGAAAAGAUUAGAAAUACCACCGUUUUCUUUUUCGAUCAGAAAAAUAAAUGAGGAAUUAUAUCGACCACGUUAUUCAGGACACGUUCCUUUUUUCAGAGAAAAAAUUGUACACGUUCAUUUUUUUAGAACAUUCUUUUGAUUCAUUUCGAAAUUUUCAGAUGUCCUCAACAAGACUGUUUUUGGCGUGGUCCAACUGAUAUGGCACUUCGUAAACAUAUGCAAGUUCACGGUGCAAAACAACCAGUUAUUUAUUCUGGAAACAAGCCAAAUGGAACGAAUUCGAAUGAUCCACAAGUAAAAGUUCAACUUGUACAACCAAAACCGAAAGGAGUGAAAUGCAGUGAAUGUGAUACUUUUGCAUAUUCGAGACCAUUGUUGUUGAGACAUAUGCAUGAUUCUCAUGGAAUUGAAGCGCCUCUUAUUAGAAGAACAUUUGCAAAUCGAGAAAUGUUACAGGUUGGUAGUUUUUUUCAAAAAUGCGAAAAAAUUUCACCAGAAGCCACUUCAAGAAAUUGUUCUCCUUAAAACUUUUUUUUAAGACAAAUAAAAUUUAUUUUUGUAUGCACACGCGGGAUUUUUGAGAAGAAUAAGGAUGAAUAAAAAAAUAAUUUCAUUAAAAAACAAUUUCAUAACUUAUUUUCAGACUUGGCUCGAUUCACUUCGUGAAACCCACGCAGUCGAAUUCGUCGUUUCUUCUGGCUCGAAAAAAUGGGGACGUGGACUCCAAGUUCAUUAUUUGACAUGUUCGAGAAGUGGAGAUCAAAAAGAAAGACCGAAUAAAAAAUAUGUUCGGCCACCAAGACCAUCAAUUAAAUGUGGACGAAAUUGUAUGGCUUAUUUGAAGGUUAGAUUUUAAUUAGAAAAUUAUGGGGAGAUGAAGCUGAGAUUAUUUUUUUGAACCAAAUAAUGUUAUUCCAGAUAAAACAAAAUCCAACAGUUUCGGAACUUCAAAUUGAAGGAUGUUUACAUCACAGUGGACAUGAAAUUGAUCACACAAGAAUGAUGUUGGAACCAAAUGAGGUAAACAAAAAUUCCAGAUUUUUUUAAACUUCUAAAUUUUGCAGUUAUCGAGUGUUGGUUGUAUUGUUGAUGCUGUAAAUGAAGGAAUGGAUAUAAUGGGAAGUGUCGAAACACUUCGAUCUUAUCUUGGAAAUUCAGGAAGAUUUAGACUAGUCAAUGAUAGAGGAAUUAUUGAACAAAUGCCAGUUUGGUUUGAUCAGGUAAUUUUAUUUUUUGAAUAGAUGGGUUCACACUUCGGCCAGAAUCGUGGUUUCCAAAAUAAAAAAAUGUACGUUAACUUUUUAGAAUAGGAAAACUGUGCAUUUUUCAGUUUCUGCCCUCUAAAAACUGAAAUUCAGUUGUUUUUUCAAAAUUGUACUCUGGUUAGCCACAGAUUGGCCAAGGUGUGGAUGGAUUUAUGAUUAUUUGUUAUCCCAACAAUAGGCUACUUAAGUUGUUGAUUUUUCAUAUUUCUAAUGUUUCAGUAUCACCGUGCGAUGUCUGAUUAUAUGAAUGACGGAAGUCAUCCGAUUCCUUCAAUGUAUCGUGGAUCUGGAGCUUUGGCGAUUCCGGCAACACAAAACGGACAACCAAAAUCAGGAAGACGUUUUAAUUUUGCGAUGAAUCGAGAUAUCAAACGAGAAAUGGAUUAUGAAUAUAAAAGUGUUCCGAUUCGUUUUAAUGGAAAUACAAUUCAACGAAAUUAUGGACAACAACAAUCUUUCACACCAACACUUUAUGAUGAAAAGGUAAUAUUUUUGUUUCAUGAAAAUUAUGUAGAAAUAUUGUAGUUUGGACCACUUAAGAAAUCCAGAAUAUUAUUUUUUAAACGGUCGAUUACAUUAAAAAUGUGUAAUUUUGGAACUAAUUUUCUCAAAACUUUUUCCAAAAAAAUCGCAAAAACGUUUGUUUUCCAGAAAAUAAAAAUCGAAAUAGAUGAAGAGGAAUAUCUAGCAUCACAAAGUUUGUUGAAUAAUGAAAAUUGUUUGAUGGAAAUGAAACAUGAAGAUAUUUUCGAUUCUCCAAUGAUUGGAGGCGAAGAAAGUCGACUUUUAGAAGAUGAUGAUAUUUUAUGUGGAGGAGAAGAAGCUUCUGGAAUAACAUCAACUAUUGAUGGAAUAUUAAAUGCAAAUCUUCCUGAUAAUUUUGGCGAUGUUAUGUGCGGAGUUGAUGAUUUGAAUACUGAUUUUAAUUGUGGAAUGGACGAUGCUGAAUUUAAUGAGGUAAAUUGUUUUAUUAUUUUUAAUUUGCAAAUUAAUAAAAAUUAUAAUUCUUUUCAGUUGCUCGGUUUUGAUUUCGAUCAACGUGGAAGUAUUAAUUGUUCGUAG